AUGUCCUUCCCGCACUUCGGACACCCAUACGGCGGCGCUUCCCAGUUUCUGGUGUCUGCAAGUUCCAGCGCCACUUGCUUUGAAGCUGCUCCACGUUCAGUCUCAGAGGUGGCCUCCAGUUCCACCCCAGCACCCGCUCUUUGCUGCACACCUUAUGACAGCCGGCUGCUGGGCAGCACCCGCCCUGAGCUGGGUGCUGCCUUGGGCAUCUACGGGGCCCCCUAUGCUGCUGCCCAGAGCUACCCUGGCUACCUGCCCUAUGGACCGGAGCCACCCCCACUGUAUGGGGCACUGAAUCCACAGUAUGAAUUUAAGGAGGCUGCGGGGAAUUUUACGCCCAGCUUGGCCCAACCAGGAACUUAUUAUCCCUAUGAGCCGACUCUGGGGCAGUACCAGUAUGACCGGUUCGGUGGGGUAGAGCUGGGCGGUGCUGGACGCAGAAAGAACGCCACCCGGGAGACCACCAGCACGCUCAAGGCCUGGCUCAACGAGCACCGCAAGAACCCCUACCCCACCAAGGGCGAGAAGAUCAUGCUGGCCAUCAUCACCAAGAUGACCCUCACCCAGGUGUCCACCUGGUUCGCCAACGCCCGCCGGCGCCUCAAGAAGGAGAACAAGAUGACUUGGGCACCCAAGAACAAAGGCGGGGAGGAAAGGAGGGCAGAGACCAGAGCAGAGGAGUCUCUGGGCUGCCUAAACAGUGACCCCAAAGACGGUACUGCUAGCCAGGAGGCGCAGGGUCUCCCUCUGAGUGACCUGGAAGACCUGGAGGAAGAGGAGGACGAGGAGGAAGCCGAAGAGGAGGAGGCCGUGGUUACUGCGGUGGACAGGCUGGCGGGCUUCCAGAAAGGCGCGCAGUCGCUGUCSGCGACCUGCGCUGCAGCUCGGCAGGGCCGGGUGGAGAGCAGGGAGUGCGGCCUGGCGGCGCCCCGCUUCUCCUUCAGUGAGCCCCGCGGGUCGGGAGAAGCUGACUUCCUUGCGGCGGAGUCCGGGGGGCCCACGAUGAUCAUGCACUACCCAUGCGCAGAGAAACCGCGCAUCUGGUCUUUGGCGCACACCGCAGCAGCCAGCGCGGUGGAAGGUGCAUCCUCAACGCKGCCCAGGCCACAGAGUCCUGAGUGCCAUAUGAUUCCCGGACAGUCUCUAGGCCCCGCCCGGCGACCCACUUUCGAAGAGUCUUCUCUCAUAGCCAAAGCCUUCGGAAACUCCACGUUUACCCUUCAGGGGCUGCAGCUGAACUGUGCGCCCUGCCCGAGGAGGAGGGAUCCUUCAGUGCAGUGCCAGUACCCCUCCGGAGCAGAAGCUGGUCCCAUCCCCAGCCUCCCCGGGGACACUCCAGUCGCCCUCGAUGACCCGCGGCUUAGGGUCCGGAAAAUUAAACUGCGAAAAGAUAAACAUUAUUUCCAGUCGGCUUUGCGGGAUUAA